AUGCAAGCCAGCUUCCUUGAGCUCCAAAAUGGCCUGGACUACGACGACUUUACUAGCGUCGACCUUGUGAACGCCUAUUUUGCGCGGAUCGAGGAGGUCAACCUCCAGGGCCUUGCGCUUCGGGCGGUGAUAGAGACUAACCCAGCUGCCCUAGCCCAGGCUGCUGAGUUGGACUGGGAACCACAAGUGUACGGGAAACGCGGUCCUCUGCAUGGGAUUCCCAUCAUCAUUAAGGAUAACAUCGCGACCACGGCGGAGGAGGGAAUGAACACCACGGCUGGGAGUUACGCACUAUUAGGCUCGAUCGUGCCCGGUGAUUCUACUGUUGCGGAAAAGCUGCGGCGGGCGGGGGCUAUCAUCCUGGGCAAAGCGAACCUCGUAAACCACUGCUUACGGCUCCAAUCGGAAUGGGCGCAUUUCCGUGGUAAUCUCGCAUCGGGCUGGUCAGGCCGCGGUGGACAAUGUACCAACCCGUACUACCCCAAUGCUGAUCCUUGCGGCUCUUCAUCGGGAUCUGGGGUAUCGAGUGCAAUUGGAUUGGCUGCUGGUGCCCUUGGUAGUGAAACGGACGGCAGUAUCGUCUGCCCCAGUAAUCAGAACAAUCUCGUAGGCAUCAAGCCGAGCGUUGGGCUGGUCAGCCGCUCUGGAGUCAUCCCGAUCUCGGAGCAUCAGGAUACUGUCGGUCCGAUGUGCCGCUGGGUUACUAAUUCCGCAGCACUCUUGACUGCUAUAGCCAAGCGAGAUGUCCGUGACAACUACACCCUUGCAGCACCAGCGCUUGUCCCCGACUACACGACCGCCUUGAAUGCGAAUGCACUGCAAGGCGCUCGUAUCGGCGUGCCUCGAAUAGUCUUUGACCAGGACAACUAUACGGGUAACGACCCAUACGUGAAUGUUGUGUUCAACCAAGCCAUCGAGACUCUCAAGAGCUUGGGUGCCACAAUUGUCGAUCCUGCUGACCUUCCGGAUGCGAUCGAGAUCACGCAGAGCAACAAUGAGACAGUCGUUCUUAACACUGACUUCAAGAUUGACUUGAACCGCUAUCUUGCAAACUUGGUGGAGGUUCCAACUGGGGUUCGUACGCUUGCCGACGUAAUUGCGUAUAACCUUGCAAAUCUUGAACUGGAGCUGCCGACUAACUAUUCUGAUCAAUCCGAGUUCAUUGCGGCAGAAGCUACAACCGGCUUCAACUCGUCAUACUAUACCGCGUUGUAUGAUGAUUACGCACUGGGUCGCACUAACGGCAUCGACGCUGCACUCCAGAUGUAUAAGCUGGACGCGCUUAUCAUGCCCAGUCCAGGUACGAACAGAUAG